AUGACCAGAAACAGAGCAGUAAAUUUCCACAGGAAGCAGGGAAGAGGCUACGGAGAUUCAGCAGGAGGAUUCGGUAGGAAGAUUCGGCAGGAGGAUUCAGAAGGAGGAUUCAGCAGGAAGAUUCGGCAGGAAGAUUCGGCAGGAGGAUUCAGAAGGAGGAUUCAGCAGGAAGAUUCGGCAGGAAGAUUCGGCAGGAGGAUUCAGAAGGAGGAUUCAGCAGGAAGAUUCAGCAGGAAGAUUCGGCAGGAGGAUUCAGAAGGAGGAUUCAGCAGGAAGAUUCGGCAGGAAGAUUCGGCAGGAGGAUUCAGAAGGAGGAUUCAGCAGGAAGAUUCGGCAGGAAGAUUCGGCAGGAGGAUUCAGAAAGAGGAUUCAGCAGGAAGAUUCAGCAGGAAGAUUCAGCACUAA